GCCCCGUUUAGUAUUAUUUUGUUGUUGUGGUUGCACUGAUGUUGAAACAAUAACUGGUCGGCGUAGAAGCGAGAGGGACGACCAUGACACAAAGGUAGCGGCGGCGAGCUGGACGACGACGGAAUGGUGCGCCAAAGUUGCGGCACGCGAGGCGGUGCUGGCGGGAGGAGGCGACGAGAAAGACGACAGAACGUGAGGCAGCGGCGUGCGAACGACAACUUGGACGCGAACGGCGACGAGAAGAAGGUCGUUCCUAGAGCUGGUGCGGAGAGGAGGAAGAAUAUAGAUGUGUGCGGCGUGAGGCAGAGUAGGGUUUGCGGGUGAAAAAAUUAAAAAAGACUGAGAUGGGAUUUGAACGGGGGUGGGGGGACGGAUUUAAUGAAAUCAGCACCUCAACAAGGAAGAAACUCGUGUGCAACAUGUUAAUGAAUCACAUUCAAAGCAAUGAAUUGUUGUUUCUCUAAUUUGGGUCCUGUUGUGCAAAUAUGAUUCAUAACAAAAAAUAGAAAUCCAACUAAACAUGUUUUUUUUCUUGAUUUCUCCAAUCGUUAAAAACACAACAGAAAACAAAAACAGGCAACAAUACUAAACGGGGCAUUAGGGUUCUUUAUCAUUCAAUAACAAUACAUCCAAGUGACUACCAUAUAAUCCUAAAUUCCUAAUGAUACAUUUGACUUUUGAUUCUUGCGCUUUGGUCCAUAAAUGACACAUUUACAC